AUGGACGUGGACCUCGACGUGGACGUGGACGUGGACGUGGUCGUGGACGUGGACGUGGACGCGGACGUGGACGUGGACGUAGACGCGGACGUGGACGUGGACGUGGACGUGGACGUGGAGGUGGACGUGGACGUGGUCAUGGACGUGGACGUGGACGUGGACCUGGACGUGGACGUGGACGUGGACGUGGACCUGGACGCAACGUGGACAUGUGGUCGUGGUCGUGGUCACGGACGUGGACGUGGACGCGGACGUGGUCGUGGUCGCGGACGUGGACGCGGACGCAGACGUGGACGCGGACGUGGACGUGGACGUGGACGUGGUCGUGGACGUGGACGUGAACGUGGACUAGGAUGUGGACGUGGACGUGGACCUGGACGUGGACGUGGACGUGGCCGUGGUCGUGGACGUGGACGUGGACGUGGUCGUGGACGUGGACGUGGACGUGGUCGUGGACGUGGACGUGGACGUGGUCGUGGACGUGGUCGUGGAGGACGUGGACGUGGACGUGGACUUGGUCCUGGACGUGGUCGUGGACGUGGACGUGGACCUAGACGUGGACGUGGACGUGGACGUGGAGAUGGUCGUGGACGUGGAGUGGAUGUGGACGUUGACGUUGACGUGGACGUGGACGUGGUCGUGGACGUCGACGUGGACGUGGACCUGGAUGACAUGGACGUGGACGUGGACGUGGAGGACGUGGACGUGGACAUGGAGGACGUGGACGUGGACGUGGAGGACGAGGACGUGGACGUGUACGUGGACCUCGACGUGGAGGACGAGGACGUGGACGUGUACGUGGACCUGGACGUGGAGGACGUGGACGUGGACGUGGACGUGGACGUGGUCGUGGACGUGGACGUGGACGUGGACGUGGUCGUGGAUGUGGAUGUGGACCUGGACGUGGACGUGGACUUGGACGUGGACGUGGACGUGGACGUGGUCGUGGACGUGGACGUGGACGUGGACCUGGACGUGGUCGUGGACGUGGUCGUGGAGGACGUGAACGUGGACGUGGUCCUGGACGUGGUCGUGGACGUGGACGUGAACCUGGACGUGGACGUGGACGUGGAUGUGGACGUGGACUUGGACGUGGACGUGGACGUGGAGAUGGUCGACGUGGACGUGGACGUGGACGUGGAGGACGUGGUCGUGGACGCGGAGGACGUGGACGUGGACGUAGAGGACGAGGACGUGGACGUGGACCUGGACGUGGACGUGGAGGACGAGGACGUGGACGUGGAGGACGUGGACGAGGACGUGGACGUGGACGUGGUCGUGGACGUGGAUGUGGACCUGGACGUGGACGUGGACGUGGACGUGGUCGUGGACGUGGACGUAGACGUGGACAUGGACCUGGACGUGGACCUGGACGUGGACGUGGACUUGGACGUCGUGGACAUGGACGUGGACCUCGACGUGGACGUGGACCUCGACGUGGACGUGGACCUCGACGUGGACGUGGUCGUGGACGUGGACGUGGACGCGGACGUGGACGUGGACGUGGACGCGGACGUGGACGUGGACGUGGACGUGGACGUGGUCCUGAACGUGGACGUGGACGUGGACCUGGACGUGGACGUGGACGUGGACCUGGACGCAGUCGUGGACGUGGACCUGGAUGUGGAUGGGGAUGCGGUCGUGGACGUGGACGUGGACGUAGACGCGGACGUGGACGUGGGCGUAGACGUGGACGUGGACGUGGACAUCGACGUGGUGGACGUGGACGUGGACGUGGACGUGGACCUGGACUUGGACAUUGACGUGGGCGUGGACGUGGACGUGGUGGACGUGGACGUGGAUGUGGUCGUGGACGUGGACGCGGACGUGGACGUGGACGUGGUCAUGAACGUGGACGUGGACUUGGACGUGGACGUGGACGUAGAUGUGGUCGUGGACGUGGACGUGGACGUAGACGUAGACGUGGUCGUGGUCGUAGACGUGGACGUGGACGAGGACGUGGUCGUGGUCGCGGACGUGGACGCGGACGCAGACGUGGACGUGGACGUGGUCGUGGACGUGGACGUGGACCAGGACGAGGACGUGGACGUGGACCUGGACGUGGACGUGGACGUGGCCAUGGUCGUGGACGUGGACGUGGACCUGGUCGUGGACGUGGACGUGGACGUGGUCGUGGAUGUGGACGUGGACGUGGUCGUGGAGGACGUGGACGUGGACGUGGUCCUGGACGUGGUCGUGGACGUGGACGUGGACGUGGACCUAGACGUGGACGUGGACGUGGACUUGGACGUGGACAUGGACGUGGACGUGGAGAUGGUUGUGGACGACGUGGACGUGGACGUGGACGUGGAGGACGUGGACGUGGACGUGGAGGACGUGGACGUGGACGUGGAGGACGAGGACGUGGACGUGGAGGACGUGGACCUGGACGUGGAGGACGAGGACGUGGACGUGGACGUGGACCUGGACGUGGAGGACGUGGACGUGGACGUGGUCGUGGACGUGGACGUGGACGUGGUCGUGGACGUGGACGUAGACGUGGACGUCGACCUGGACGUGGACCUGGACGUGGACGUGGACUUGGACAUGGACGUGGACACGUGGACCUGGACGUGGACGUGGACGUGGACGUGGACGUGGACGUCGAGAACGUGGACGUGGACGUGGAGGACGUGGACGUGGACGUGGACAUGGCAAGGUCGUGGACAUGGACGUGGACCUCGACGUGGACGUGGACGUGGACGUGGUCGUGGACGUGGACGUGGACGUGGACGUGGACUAGGACGUGGACGUGGACGUGGAUGUGGACGUGGUCGUGGACGUGGUCGUGGACGUGGCCGUGGACGUGGUCGUGGACGUGGUCGUGGACGUGGACCUGGACGUGGACGUGGACUUGGACGUGGACGUGGACGUGGACGUGGUCGUGGACGUGGACGUGGACGUGGUCGUGGACGUGGACUUGGACGUAGACGUGGACCUGGACGUGGAUGUGAACGUGGACGUGGACGUGGACGUGGAGGAGGUGGACGUGGCGUGGACGUGGUCUUGGACGUGGACGUGGACGUGGUCGUGGACGUGGAUAUAGACUUGGUCGUGGACGUGGACGUUGACGUGGACGUGGACGUGGUCGUGGACGUGGACGUGGUCGUGGUCGUGGUCGUGGUCGUGGACGUGGACGUGGACGUUGACGUGGACGUGGACGUGGUCGUGGACGUGGACGUGGACGUUGACGUGGACGUGGACGUGGUCGUGGAUGUGGACGUGGUCGUGGACGUGGACGUGGACGUGGACGUGGAGGACGUGGACGUGGACGUGGACGUGGACGUGGUCGUGGACGUGGACGUGGACGAGGACGUGGACGUGGACGUGGACGUGGACGUGGACCUGGACGUGGACGUGGACUUGGACGUGGACGUGGACGUGGACGUGGAUGUGGACGUGGUCGUGGACGUGGACGUGGACGUGGUUGUGGACGUGGACGUGGACGUGGACGUGGACGUGGUCGUAGACGUGGACGUGGACGUUGACGUGGACGUGGACGUGGUCGUGGAUGUGGACGUGGUCGUGGACGUGGACGUGGACUUGGACACGUGGACCUGGACGUGGACGUGGACGUGGACGUGGACGUGGACGUGGACGUCGAGAACGUGGACGUGGACGUGGAGGACGUGGACGUGGACGUGGACAUGGCAAGGUCGUGGACAUGGACGUGGACCUCGACGUGGACGUGGACGUGGACGUGGUCGUGGACGUGGACGUGGACGUGGACGUGGACUAGGACGUGGACGUGGUUGUGGACGUGGUCGUGGACGUGGUCGUGGACGUGGCCGUGGACGUGGUCGUGGACGUGGUCGUGGACGUGGACCUGGACGUGGACGUGGACUUGGACGUGGACGUGGACGUGGACGUGGUCGUGGACGUGGACGUGGACGUGGACGUGGUCGUGGACGUGGACUUGGACGUAGACGUGGACGUGGACGUGGAUGUGAACGUGGGCGUGGACUUGGACGUGGACGUGGACGUGGACGUGGCGUGGACGUGGACGUGGUCGUGGACGUGGACGUGGUCGUGGACGUGGUGGACGUGGACGUGGUCGUGGACGUGGUGGACGUGGACGUGGACGUGGACGUGGACCUGGACCUGGACUUGGACAUUGACGUGGGCGUGGACGUGGACGUGGUGGACGUGGACGUGGAUGUGGUCGUGGACGUGGACGUGGACGCGGACGUGGACGUGGACGUGGUCAUGAACGUGGACGUGGACUUGGACGUGGACGUGGACGUAGAUGUGGUCGUGGACGUGGACGUGGACGUGGUCGUGGUCGUAGAUGUGGACGUGGACGAGGACGUGGUCGUGGUCGCGGACGUGGACGCGGACGCGGACGUGGACGUGGACGCAGACGUGGACGUGGACGUGGACGUGGACGUGGUCGUGGUCGUGGACGUGGACGUGGACCAGGAUGUGGACGUAGACGUGGACCUGGACGUUGAGGUGGACGUGGCCAUGGUCGUGGACGUGGACGUGGACGUGGUCGUGGACGUGGAUGUGGACCUGGUCGUGGACGUGGACGUGGUCAUGGACGUGGUCGUGGAGGUUGUGGACGUGGACGUGGUCCUGGACGUGGUCGUGGACGUGGACGUGGAACUAGACGUGGACGUGGACGUGGACCUGGACGUGGACGUGGACGUGGACGUGGAGAUGGUCGUGGACGACGUGGACGUGGACGUGGACGUGGACCUGGACGUGGAGGACGUGGACGUGGACGUGGUCGUGGACGUGGACGUGGACGUGGUCGUGGAUGUGGAUGUGGACCUGGACGUGGACGUGGACGUGGACUUGGACGUGGACGUGGACGUGGACGUGGACGUGGUCGUGGACGUGGACGUAGACGUGGACGUGGACCUGGACGUGGACCUGGACGUGGACGUGGACUUGGACGUGGACGUGGACGUGGACGUGGAGGACGUGGUCGUGGUCUUGGACGUGGACGUGGACGUGGACGUAGACGUGGACCUUGACGUGGACGUGGACGUGGACGUGGACGUCGAGAACGUGGACGUGGACGUGGAGGACGUGGACGUGGACGUGGACAUGGCAAGGUCGUGGACAUGGACGUGGACCUCGACGUGGACGUGGACGUGGACGUGGUCGUGGACGUGGACGUGGACGUGGACUAGGACGUGGACGUGGACGUGUACGUGGUCGAGGACGUGGUCGUGGACGUGGCCGUGGACGUGGUCGUGGACGUGGUCGUGGACCUGGACCUGGACGUGGACGUGGAAUUGGACGUGGACGUGGACGUGGUCGUGGACGUGGACGUGGACGUGGACGUGGUCGUGGACGUGGACUUGGACGUAG